UCUGUGUAUUUUAUUUGCAUUGACUAGACCAGCUGUACUGAAGCAGCUUCCAGCAGGACACAAACCCAAACAUACAACCAGAGUUACACUUGAAUGGUUCAUACCAGUGUAGUUUCAGCGUCUGGAUUGGCCCAGUCUAAGUCCCAAUCUAAAUUAAUUCAAGAAUCUUUAGUGAGGCCUGAACAUUUAUGUUCACAGACACUGUCCGUUUUGCAGCCUUGUGGACAGUAAAAGUACCAGAACGGAUGUCAGCCCGUUAAGUUUAUUAGUUUAAAAUGAAACCCCACACAUAAAUGCUUGGGGAAAGAGAAACUCGGAAUUUGCAAAACAUGAUUAUUAAUGUUUCUCAAUUAGACUCAGGAAAUGACAGAAUUUUAACUGGGUCAUUCCACACACUUUGAUUCAGAUCAUUCCACUAUAUGGUUGGUUCUUUGUUGCUCUGCUGGAAGUUAAAUCGCCAUUGCGGGCUCAAGUCUUUUGAGUCAUCCAAAAGGAGAUUGGCCGGUGUUUAGAACGGCUCUGCCACCACAUUUUGACUGCAUUUGAGAUGCUUUGGCAUGACUUCAAUUAUGCCAUUCAUGUGGGAAAGCCCUCCAGUGUGGCCAUAAUAAAACAAUUCUGCAGAGAAGAGUGGGCCCCAUCACACUGAAGUAAAAGACGUAUGGCAGUCCCUGCUGCCAGGAAAGGCACAACCUGUUAAGAGAUGGGGGGAUUAGAUAGUCCUCCCAUCCCAUUUGCUUCAUGACAUGAACAUUUAAGUCUGGCAAAAAGCAAAAAAGAGGAUAGAUAUUACACAAAAGACAAAUAAAAGUUCUUAUUGGGAUUUUGUUAUUGAUAAACGACCAAUAACAAAAUAGAUUUUUUUUUAUUUUCAUGGGGCCUCAUUCAUCCAUCCCUUUGAGAACUGUGGCUCUUAAGAAUCAGCCCUCAGAACUUGUUGACUUAGCAGGAAGCUGUUUCAAUUGGGGAAGUAGGUAAUAAAAGCAAAUCGCACAUCUUAUCACACUUUCUUCUUCCAAAGACUGGUGCACAAGAACGUAGCCCAGUUCACCUUCAGGUGCCUGCCGGCCUCACCGCACCUGUCGCAAGUUAUCCUGAAAUGCCCCCUGUCUGAUCCAGCAGAUCAGACCCCCCACACGUAGAGAAAUCCAGGCCAAUCCCAUGUCGAGGAAUUAAAACAAAGUGUUGCUGCGCCGUCUCCCGUCUGUCUGUGUUUAUGAUCCGAGCUUGCGCACUGAGCGCGUCCAUUGUCUGGUCAGGAGCAGCAGCAGCAGCAGCAGCGGCAGCAGCGGCGGCGGCGAGGAGCGGAGAGGAGCGCCCGAUCUGAGCGCAGGGGAGCGGCUUCACUGUGACCCCGAUCUCCGGGGAGGGGGGCAGGAGGAGGAGGAGAAGACGUGUCCUCUGGUUGGAGCUCACCGGACCGGACCAGCGCUCGGUGACGACGUCAUUUAUUUCCAAGACAGACCGUCUUUUAUUUUUUUCUGGCGGUCAGACAGACAGCAACAGUUGUCACGAUGUCUGAGAUCAGAUGAGUGGAGAGCAGCGGAGUAAAGACUGCGGCGCUCCUGUGAUCCGCACCGGCCGGGGUGAUUCAGCCGUCUGAAGCAGCUGGGACAGCGCGGGGGAGCGGCGUGCAUCUGUUUAACCUUGCAGGGAUUUGGUUCGGCUCGGCAGCCACCCCCCCUCCCGCCCCCUCCGGUUGUGUCGAGGUUAUCUAUUUUAAUUAUAAUAUAUUAAUUUGUCUGAGGGUGAGGUGAAUCCAGACGUCAGGGCUGGCUCAUGUUCCGCUCGGCAGGGAAACGGGCUGUUGCGUCUGCAGAGAGUCAGAGCUGACGAGUCUGCUGAGACACACGGACAGACAGACAGGCAGGCAGGCCGAGAGACCGACAGGAACGAGGGGAGGGAAGGGGGGGCACAGCCUGUUUGGGCUUUCUCGACCCCUUUACGGAUCGAGCCACCCAGAACCCCCACCCAUUUCUCUCCCGCUUUGGAUGGGGGGGAAGCAGAGCACGGCAGGGCGGCCCCGGGGUGCUUUUCCCGGCGUCUCUUCGGAUGACAGCGCGGUGCCACCCUCGGCCCACUUUGGUCACUACCGGCCGAGCGGCACCAUGGGCCUGCGGAGCCGCUCGGUGAGCUCCGUGGCCGGGAUGGGCAUCGAACACAGUCCCGCCGUGCCCUUCGGCUUCUACACCCCAAGAGGGACGGACUCGGACCGAGCAGGAGGAGGGUCUGGGGGCACUACGGCGGCCCCCCACGGAACUGGCUACCAGGACUCUGGGGGCGGCGGGCAUCACACGGACGGGGUGCUCUAUUUGGGGUCCCGGGGGUCGCUGGCUGACACCUUACCCCUGCACAUUGCACCCCGCUGGUUCAGCGCGCACAGUGGAGCCAUGUGAUCAACAAACUGAUGCAACUUCUGACGGAAAAAAACAGAGAAGAUGACAGGAAGUGGCAGGAUAAAGUGGCGCGGGAUGUUUUUUUAGUGAAGUAACAAACCUAUUCACGUGUGAUUUUAACUUCGCUUCUUAUUCAAUGGAAGCAAUGCCAAUAUGAUAUUUAUUUUCCAACAUAAGUGGAAAAUUGACAAGGUUUUCACACAUUUGUAGUGGAACUGCAAAUGUGUAUGGUUGCUUUUUUCCAGAGAGACAAGUUGGUCAGAACUGAUGGGAAAAUGGACAGAGCUAAAUGCAGUUCAGUUCUGAAGGAGAAACCUAUUUGAGGCUGCAUAACACUUCAAACUGAAGCAGAGAUUUACUUUACAGCCAAAACAACCAGCAUCUAGCUUUGGCUGUAAGAUUUAGAUCAGAGCACAUUCAUGUGCUUGAAGGGUCCAGUCAAAGUCUGGGCAUAAAUCCAGUUGAGAAUCUGUCGCAAAAACUGAUGUUUACAGACACUCUUCAUCUAAUCUGACUGAGCCUGAGAUAUUUUGUAAAGAAAAAUGAGUAAAAAUGUGCAUAGUUGAUAUAGAAAUACUCCAAAAUGACUGCAGUUGUAUGUGAAACAAAAGGCAGAUUCACAAAGUAGAAUAAACCUGCAAACCACAUUAUUUAGAUUUUUAUUUUUAGACCUUUUUGAAGAGCACAUGUGAUUUUUCUUACACUUUACAAUUAUUUCCCACUAUUUAUUGAUCCAUCUUAUACAAGGUCAUUAAAAUACAUUGAAGUUUAGACUUUCAUUGCCAUCAAUUGUGAAAAAGUUUAAAAGGGAAUAAAUCUUGAAUCAAAACAUUGUCUACAGUUUUUUUAUGUAAUAAGAAUAAAUGAGAAAAAAAUGAAAUAAAAUCUCAUUCAAAUUAGCAUCUGUCAACAAGAAGUCAAAGAAAACCAGAAACCAGUAGGAAUCUGAUUAGAGCAACUCUAUCGGUAUCUGGAACAUAGCUGAUCAUUAAAUAGAUAUAUGUGGUAAUAAACAGUUUAAUUUGGGCCAACUAAACAACCAAUACUGUCUAUUAAAAACUAAAUGAGCUCAAUAUGAACCAAAAUAAUGGUCAGAGAUGUACAAGUUUCAGUCAUAUGAUGCAGAGUCCGGCUUCCAUUGGUUGUGCAAAUUUUCCAAGAAAUUUGCAUGUAAUCAUGUUAGUUAGAUCCACAUGACUCUGGUUAAACACUUGACUUUUUUUUAUCCCUGCAAAUGUGGCCGCGCUGCAGCUGGCUCCACUGCAAUCAAAUAUCCUGAAAUGCCCAGAAUAAAGUAACCAACCCACAUUAUGAACACCCUCUCCCUCCUCUCUCACAUGCACGCAGCAGGUCGGGCUGGGUCCCCAGGCUCUCAUUACCAAAGCCCUGACCGGCUCACAGCAGGAUGAUGGCAAGUCAGACGUCAACAUCUCAGCUGUUUUUGCCCUUCUUACAUUGCCUAGCAACUCUGAUGUGCUUUCAUAUCUAUGGAGCCAGAUAACAACUCCAGCGCAGAAGGGGUGGGGGGGAGUCAGUGGAAAAGUGAUGAAAUUAAGAAAGGUGCGCAUGUUCGAUUGCAAAGCUGAACGAAGGGGCCUCUAGCAAAUAAAUAAACUGCAGUAAGCAGCAGCGUGUUAAUAGCUAAGUCGCUUCUUUGAUUUACAGUUGGACAGCAGCCGAGGGCAUUUGUGGAUGAGCCCGGUUCCUGCAGAGUUCACCGGGUUAAACCUAAGACGUCUUAAGAUCUUUUAAUCCCACAUAAAAUGCAAAAUAAUACCCUUUUCUCCAUCACACAGCACAAAGGAUGCGAGGAUUACCGACAAUCCUGACGGGCCGAGGAGCUCCAGGUUCUUUAGAGCCUUCAAAACAACAAGACAAAGAUGCAAAACAGAAACACAGAGCAAAACAGGAGUAAUCCAAAGGCACUAAAAACAGACACAUGUAGCUACAAGGGGAUCCAAAGGAAAUGUAAAAAGAGAUAGAAGGCUUACAAAUCUAAAACCAUGAAGCAAACAAGAUAAAUGUUCAGAAGUAAACAUAAUUUGGGGAAUCGAGAUGAGAAAAAAAAAAAAUCACAUUUAGGAAAGAAGAAAUAGCCAGACCUUUGUAGAGUAGACCCAGAAAAACUAUGGCCUUACACUAUCUGCAAUGAUACCCAAAACAAGUACUAGCAACUAAUAACAAGCUUAUUGAUGAUAAACCACAGGAAGAUCAGCCCUGUUACAGACACAAUUAACAAGGAAGAUUUACAAUAGUUUCAGAGAGAUGCAUCACAUUGUAUUAAUUGCAAUACCUAUUUUCGCUAUGUUGUAUAUUAUUUUACCUGGUUUUGUUUUUAUUGUAUUGUAACUCUGAGAGCUACUGGUGAUUUUAUAUAUUUGUUGCACUUUAGUCCA